CGCGCCUCCUGUUCACAUGGAGGAGGCUGGAGCUGCUCCCACUCUGCUGGAACCCGAGCUGCAUUCCUCCUCAUUCACACGCAGGGCAGCCGCCGAAGCGAGCACGACUACUCCGUGACGAGAGUGGAAAUGUCUCCAAGUUUUGGAAUUUAAACCAUGGCAAGGAGGAUAUCUAUUCAACGAAUCACUUAAAGCUGACUCCCAAGACCUCCCCCCUGGUUGCUCUGCUGAUAUUGAUAUAGAUGACUCAACGUUCAGAAGAGGACAGCCAACCUAAAGGAGCUCGGUCUCCCCUUCUAGCUCCUCUCCCCAUCUCGGCCUGCCCCGCCGCAUUCCUGGCUGAAUACAGAGGCAACGCCUGACCAGGGAUUGGUGCCUUUUUCUCCUCCUCCUCCUCCUCCUCCUCUUCCCCUGUCUCCUGCAGCCUCGCCCCUAUCCCGGACAUGUGUCCCUCAGCUGGAUCAGCGGCCAGCCCUGGCCCGGGGCCCGUGCUGUGCCUCGCGGGGCUCCUGUUCCUCGCGGUGCCCUCCCUCUGCGGUGGCCAACCACCGCCCUUCAGACGCUUCUCGCCCCAGGAGUCGGGACUCACCCACCUGGCCAUCCACAACAAGACCGGGGAGGUGUACGUGGGAGCCAUCAACUGGAUCUUCAAGCUCUCCAGCAACCUGACCAAGCUGCGCAACCACAUGACGGGCUCGGUGGUGGACAACGAGAAGUGCUACCCGCCGCCCAGCGUCCAGUCGUGCCCCCACGAGCUCUCCCAGACGCCCAACGUCAACAAGUUGCUGCUCAUCGACUACGCCCAGAACCGCCUCAUCGCCUGCGGCAGCACCUCGCAGGGCAUCUGCCAGUUCCUGCGUCUGGACGACCUGUUCAAGCUGGGCGAGCCGCACCACCGCAAGGAGCACUACCUGUCCAGCGUGGCCGAGUCGGGCACCAUGUCCGGGGUGAUCAUCAGCUCACCGCACAACCCAACCAGCAAGCUCUUCAUCGGCACGCCCAUCGACGGCAAGUCUGAAUACUUCCCCACGCUGUCCAGCCGCAAGCUGAUGGAGAACGAGGAGAACGCCGACAUGUUCAGCUUCGUGUACCAGGACGAGUUUGUGUCGUCGCAGCUCAAGAUCCCGUCGGACACGCUGUCCAAGUUCCCCGCCUUCGACAUCUACUACGUGUACAGCUUCAGCAGUGAGCAUUUCGUCUACUACCUGACCAUGCAGCUGGACACCCAGCUGACGUCGCCGGACGCCAGCGGCGAGCAGUUCUUCACCUCCAAAAUCGUGCGGCUGUGCGUGGACGACCCCAAGUUCUACUCCUACGUCGAGUUCCCCAUCGGCUGCACCAAGGACGGCGUGGAGUACCGGCUGGUGCAGGACGCCUACCUGGCCCGGCCCGGCCGGCUGCUGGCCAACAGCCUGGGCAUCUCGGAGGACGAGGACAUCCUGUUCACCGUCUUCUCCCAGGGCCAGAAGAACCGGGCCAAACCGCCCAAGGAGUCGGCGCUUUGCCUGUUCACACUGCGGAGGAUCAAGGAGAAGAUCAAGGAGCGCAUCCAGUCCUGCUACAAGGGGGAAGGACGGCUCUCGCUGCCCUGGCUGCUCAACAAGGAGCUGGCCUGCAUCAACUCGCCCCUGCAGAUCAACGACGACUUCUGCGGCCAGGACUUUAACCAGCCCCUUGGGGGCACCAGCACCAUCGAGGGGCUCCCCCUUUUCAUCGACAAGGAUGACGGCAUGACCUCCGUGGCGGCCUACGACUACCGCGGCAACACGGUGGUCUUCGUCGGCACGCGCAACGGCAAGAUGAAGAAGAUUCUGGUGAACUCGGUGAGUCCGAACAGUCCGGCUCUGCUCUACGAGAAGGUGACGGUCAGCGAGACAGGAAGUCCCUUACUGAGAGACAUGCUGUUCAGCCCCGACCAGCAGCACAUCUACACUCUGACCGACAAACAGGUGGUGAGAGUUCCAGUGGAGAGCUGUGAGCAGUACACCAGCUGUGGCGAGUGUUUGGGCUCCCGCGACCCCCACUGUGGCUGGUGUGUCCUGCAUAACGUAUGUUCUCGCAAGGACCGCUGUGACCGGGCCAGUGAGCCCCAGCGCUUCGCCUCAGACCAGAGGCACUGUGUGGAGCUCAGCGUUGCACCUCGCAACAUCUCCGUCACCAUGUCCCAGAUCCAGCUGGUGCUCCAGGCCCAUAACGUCCCUGACCUGGCGGCGGGGGUCAACUGCUCCUUCGAGGACUACGUUGAGACGGAGGGACGCAUCCAGGGGGGACGCAUCUACUGCCUGUCCCCCUCUGCGCGGGACAUCCUCCCCAUCACCAGGAACAGAGGUGACAAGAGGGUAGUUAAGCUCUACCUCAAAUCCAAGGAGACGGGCAAGAAGUUUGCCAGUGUCGACUUCGUCUUCUACAACUGCAGCGUCCACCAGUCCUGCCUGUCCUGUGUGAACGGGUCGUACCCGUGUCACUGGUGCAAGUACCGCCACAUGUGCACGCAGAACGUCAACGACUGCUCCUUCCAGGAGGGCCGCGUCAACAUCUCUGAGGACUGCCCCCAGAUCCUGCCCUCCACCCAGAUCUACAUCCCGGUGGGCGUGACCAAGCCCAUCACCCUGGCCGCCAAGAACCUGCCCCAGCCGCAGUCGGGCCAGAAGAACUACGAGUGUGUGUUCCACAUCCAGGGGGAGACGUACAGCGUCACGGCCCUGCGGUUCAACAGCACGUCUAUCCAGUGCCAGAAGACCUCGUAUACCUAUGAGGGCAAUGACAUCAGCGACCUACCAGUGAAUCUGUCCGUGGUGUGGAACAACAACUUUGUCAUCGACAACCCCUACAACAUCAAAGCCCAUCUGUACAAGUGCCCAGCGAUGAGGGACAGCUGUGGGAUGUGUCUGAAGGCCGACCCCAGGUUCGAGUGUGGCUGGUGCGUCCAGGAGAAGAAGUGCUCUCUCCGUCAGGAGUGCGCUCCGGCCGAGAGCAGCUGGAUGCACGCCACCACGGGCAACAGCCGCUGUGCUCACCCCAAGAUCACCAAGCUGUCGCCAGAGACCGGACCAACACAGGGAGGUACCAUGUUGACCAUCACGGGGGAGAAUUUGGGCCUGCACUUCAAGGACAUCCAGAAUGGUGUGCGCAUCGGCAAGGUGACCUGCAUCCCUCAGGAGGACCAGUACAUCAGUGCCGAACAGAUUGUGUGUCGGCUGGCCGACGCGACGGGCUACAGUGUGCAGGACGCUCGCGUUGAGGUGUGCGUGAGGGACUGCAUCCACCCUGACUACAAGGCAACCUCCGUCAAGUCCUUCACCUUUGUGUCGCCGUACUUCACCCGGGUCCAUCCGUCCAACGGGCCGUUGUCGGGGGGAACCAAGAUCACCAUCAAAGGGAAUAGCCUGAACGCCGGCAGCGCAGUGGCCCUGAAGAUCGGCCUCCACUUUUGCCGCUUCGAGAGGCGUAAUGAGAAGGAGAUUGUGUGUGUGACCCCGGUGGGCAAGAACCUGGGCCCCACCCCGGUCAUGGUGGACAUCAACGCUGCGGAGCUCAGGAACCCCGAGGUGAAGUUCAACUACACGGACGACCCCACCAUCCUGCGCAUCGAACCGGACUGGAGCAUCGCCAGUGGAGGAACCCUGUUGACCAUCACCGGAACCAAUCUGGCAACCAUCAAGGAGCCCAAGAUGAGAGCCAAAUAUGGAGCUGCCAAAUCGGUCAACAACUGCACGGUGGUCAACAACACCGUGAUGGUGUGUCUGGCGCCCUCUGUGGCCGCUUCGGAGAAGGGCUUCUCAGAGACGGGCAGCGGGCCCGACGAGAUAGGCUUCGUCAUGGACGACGUGCGCUCGGUGAUGGUGGUCAACGAGACGUUCAGCUUCUACCCGGACCCCGUGCUUGAGCCCCUGAGCCCCACGGGCAUGCUGGAGCUGAAGCCAAGCUCCCCGCUCAUCCUCAAGGGCCGUAACCUGAUCCCAGCAGCGCCAGGCAACAGCAAGCUGAACUACACUGUGUUCAUCGGUGAGACCCCCUGUAUCCUCACCCUGUCUGAGAGCCAGCUGCUGUGUGAGUGGCCCAACCUGACAGGAGAGCACAAAGUCACCGUGCGCGUGGGGGGCUUUGAGUACUCCCCGGGCACAUUGCAGAUCUACUCGGACAGCCUGCUCACCCUCCCGGCCAUCAUCGGCAUCGGAGGGGGAGGCGGCCUGCUGCUGCUGGUCAUCAUCGUGGUGCUCAUCGCCUACAAGAGGAAGUCCCGCGACGCCGACCGCACCCUCAAGCGCCUGCAGCUGCAGAUGGACAACCUGGAGUCCCGAGUGGCGCUGGAGUGCAAAGAAGCCUUUGCUGAGCUGCAGACGGACAUCCACGAGCUCACCCAGGAGUUGGACGGCGCCGGCAUCCCCUUCCUGGACUACCGCACCUACGCCAUGAGGGUCCUGUUCCCGGGCAUCGAGGACCACCCCGUGCUCAAGGAGAUGGAGGUACUGGUGCAGGCCAACGUGGAGAAGGCCCUGACGCUGUUCGGCCAGCUGCUCACCAAAAAGCACUUCCUGCUCACCUUCAUCCGCACGCUGGAGGCCCAGCGCUCCUUCUCCAUGCGCGACCGCGGCAACGUGGCCUCGCUCAUCAUGACGGCGCUGCAGGGCGAGAUGGAGUACGCCACCGGCGUGCUCAAGCAGCUGCUGUCCGACCUCAUCGACAAGAACCUGGAGAGCAAGAACCACCCCAAGCUGCUGCUGCGGAGGACCGAGUCUGUUGCUGAAAAGAUGCUCACGAACUGGUUCACCUUCCUGCUUUACAAGUUCCUCAAGGAGUGUGCUGGGGAGCCCCUCUUCAUGCUGUACUGUGCCAUGAAGCAGCAGAUGGAGAAGGGUCCCAUCGACGCCAUCACAGGCGAGGCCCGCUACUCGCUCAGCGAGGACAAGCUCAUCAGACAGCAGAUUGACUACAAGACCCUGACACUGCACUGCGUGAACCCGGAGAACGAGAAUGCGACAGAGGUGACGGUGAAGUGUCUGAACUGCGACACGGUGACGCAGGUGAAAGAGAAGCUUCUGGACGCCGUGUACAAGGGAACACCCUACUCCCAGAGGCCCAAGGCCGCAGACAUGGACCUGGAGUGGCGGCAGGGCAGGAUGGCCCGGAUCAUCCUGCAGGACGAGGACGUGACCACCAAGAUCGACAACGACUGGAAGAGACUCAACAACCUAGUGCACUACCAGGUGACGGAUGGAUCAGUGAUCGCUUUGGUGCCCAAGCAGAACUCUGCGUACAACAUUUCCAACUCCUCCACAUUCACCAAGUCCCUCAGCCGAUACGAGAGCAUGCUGCGCACGGCUAGCAGCCCCGACAGCCUGCGCUCUCGCACCCCAAUGAUCACCCCCGACCUGGAGAGCGGCACCAAGCUGUGGCACCUGGUGAAGAACCACGACCACUCGGACCAGAGGGAGGGCGACCGCGGCAGCAAGAUGGUGUCCGAGAUCUACCUCACCCGGUUGCUGGCCACCAAGGGCACGCUCCAGAAGUUUGUGGACGACCUGUUUGAGACCAUCUUCAGCACGGCCCACCGGGGCAGCGCUCUGCCGCUGGCCAUCAAGUACAUGUUUGACUUCCUGGACGAGCAGGCGGACAAGCACUCCAUCUCUGACUCCGACGUACGGCACACCUGGAAGAGCAACUGUCUUCCUCUGAGGUUCUGGGUGAACGUGAUCAAAAACCCCCAGUUUGUGUUUGACAUCCACAAGAACAGUAUCACAGACGCGUGCCUGUCUGUGGUGGCCCAGACCUUCAUGGAUUCGUGCUCCACAUCAGAGCACAAAUUGGGCAAGGACUCUCCUUCCAACAAGCUGCUCUACGCUAAAGACAUCCCCAACUACAAGAACUGGGUAGAAAGAUACUACUCAGACAUCUCCAGGAUGUCUGCGAUCAGCGACCAGGACAUGAGUGCCUACCUGGCGGAGCAGUCGCGCCUGCACCUCAGCCAGUUCAACAGCAUGUCCGCCCUGCACGAGAUCUACUCCUACAUCGUCAAGUACAAGGACGAGAUCCUGUCGGCCCUGGAGCGGGAUGAGCAGUCCCGGAGACAGAGACUGAGGAGCAAACUGGAGCAGGUUAUCGACACGAUGGCCCUGGCCAGCUGAGAACCAGUCCAGCGCCUCUGAUCUCCUCCUCCUCCUCCCUCCGCCAACACCACCGCCGCCGCCGCCGCAACCACCACCACCUCCACCACGACCUCGUCCUGAUCCUUCUCCUCUUCUUCUAUUUUUCCCCACCCCCCAGCCCAGCCCUCCCCAUCUCCAUGUCCCUUACCUCGCUCCUCUCAACCAGAGAACCAACUGAAGUUCAGAACCCCCUGGUAAAAAAAAAGAAAGAAAAAACCACAGGAGAAACUGCAAAGGACUAAAGCAGUACACUGCAAAAUAGGGGGAGUUCAGCAGAGAUGGGUCCUGUGUGUGUGUGUGUGUCUGUGCGUAUGUGUGAGCGUGUGCACGCACGUGCCCAAGUGUGUGCGACUAUUUUCUGUGCGCGUGUCUUUGGGCCGUAGUCGGUGCACGGAUGUGUGCGCACGGGACAUUGGGACAUUUCCACGUGCCUGUACAUCCCUCACCUGUCCCCAGGAAAGCAUCUUUGAUUGUCGUGGCUGUCGUGGUUUGUGGUUCGCUUAAAAAUUUUUGUUUUCCUGGAUUUCUUUCUGUCAAGCAAUGUCCAGUCAAGCAACUUUAUGAAAUCGUGAAGGAACUCGACCGCAAUCGGCAAACCGCAGGCAGAUGAGAGAGAGAGAGAGAGAGAGAGAGAGAGAGAGAAAAAGAAAGAGAGAGAGGGAGCGUUCUGGAACAUUUGAGACGAGACCCCCAAAGGAUUGACGUGGGGGCCCGUCAGGUCACGUGACUCUUAUUCUGACGUCGAUGUUUGGGAAGGACUCUUUCUGUUUUUGUAUAAAUGUAAUCAACUGCCCACUCUCUGAUCUCUCGCCACUUGCAUUACUGCUGAAUUUGCACAAUUUACAGAAAACGAUACAAAGGAAGACUAUAUAGAUAUUAUAUAUAAAUACAGCUAUGUUUUUAAAGAAACAAAGAUUAGGGUCAUUUUUUUUCUUCUUCUUUUUGAAUCACCCAACACAAUAAAAAAAAAGCUAUGAAUCAUUAUUUAAUAUUACAACUUUUAAAAAGAAAAUCAAGAAAAUUAUGAAAAAACAGACGUUGUCCUGUGCCAUGUUUGCUUUUGAAUGUUGUUUAGUGCGGACAUUUUGUUGGAUGGAAUGUGCAACCGUAUGAUUUAAAUAUGAACAUGCCUAGUGACUGAAAAGGGUUUUAGUGACAAAAAAAACGAGUAUACGAUGCUAGGGCAGUGAAACACAUGAUGUGCCCUUGCCUCUCCUCUGACCAGGACGGUUUCUUGAAGCUCGCUGCCUCACUGCAGUGCUGACCUGAAGUUGACGUGUCUGGUUCACACAACGGUGCAAUUUGUUGUUGUUUUUUUUUUUUUUUUUUUCCUGGAGAACCAAACGGUGGGCGAAUCACCUGGGAGGGUUGCUGUCCUCAUGGCCGUAGCCCGGUGUGGUGCCGGGGGGGUCCUGGGGAAGGGUUUAGUGGAUCACGGUACGGCGACCCAAUGAUGAAGUAGCGACGUUGCACUGACCCUCUGCAGACCGUGAAUAGUCCCGCUCGGCCCCCCCCGCUUCACACAUAUCUCCCCGAUCUUUGUUUAGUUUUUCUUUUCCUUUUUCUCAGAGAUUCAAAGUGACAUUUGCACCAGUCCGCAGCCUGCCUCGGCUUCCUCCGGUUGGUCUAGGGCAGACCAAUUUAAUUUUUUCUGACCCCUCCUAGUCGGAGCAGGCCCGGCGCCUGAUGGGUAAUGGAGUCCAGGUCUGAGGUCCGGUUGAGGAUUAGCCUUUAUUUUUUUGAAAGGAGCUGAAAUGAGAGAAGACAGGGCACAGCUAAACCAAGCGCUGAUAAAAAACACAAGCGACGGGGUGGGGGAAGGGGGGGAGCUGUAUCGCUCUGCAAGACAUUAUCAGUGGUAACACUCCUCCCUCCAAUGAUAGUGGGACAAGGUGAAUAUAUUUGGAGUGUUCCCCCAUCACCGCCACCUCUCGCCCGGUCUGGGAAGAAGGGCUCUUAGGUUAAUAUAUCUGAGAGAGGGGGCGGAGAGAUGGAGGGUUUAGCUGAUCCUCCUCUCCCGGUAGCCUCCAGCUCUCAUCUCUCGCCAUGUGGGGCACAGGCUAUUUUAUGAUGAUGAUUAUUAUUAUUAUUAUUAUUAUUACUGCUCCUUUAAGAGGAUUUGCAUUUUUAUUUUAUUUUUGGUCUUGAAGUCAUGGUAUUUUGACUGUGGUGAGAAACGAUGUUUUCCUUGAUUAUUAUUUUUUUUAUAUAGAUAUUUUUUGGGAUUCCUUUAUGCUUGCCGAAAAACCAAACUGUGGUCUGUAUAAUGUUUUUUUUGAUGUUAUCAUUUGUAAAUUGUAUACUUUUUUCAUGGUGAACAGAUGCUAGUUGCCUAUUUUUUGUAAUACGUUUUUUUUUUUGGGACAUGUAAAUUGUACAUUAUGACACACAGAAGACAAACUUGUCUUCAGUUUGCCUGAAGUCUACGUACUUGACCGUUCUCAAGGUUUUAUUUUCCUGAUUUCAAGGAUCAACAUGAAAAGCAUUGCAUUAGAGGAGUAUCUGUGUCUUUUGUAAAAGGAAAUGUGAUUUGCUGCUUUUAUAUUUUGGUUUCCUCCAACAUUAGGGCUGCCAUUCUCUUUUGCUGAUCAUCAACGCCGUUGCAGGAACCUGGCAUUUCCUAUGCCAGGUUCCUUAAAAAACAAAUCCAACAAAAGACAGUUCAGAGCAUACAACAGGCAACAUUCUGACUCAAUCUUUCCCAGCCUAUUCAUUAGCGAAUAAGGCUUCAUGGCAACACUGAUUUAUUUAUAUAUAUAUCUAUAUAUAUAAUGAAUAAAUAUCAUCUAGAUCCUAUAAAACUAUUCAUGCAUAGAGAUAUGCUGUGAGCCAAAUACAGCCUUGAGGGACCAGUCUGCUGUGAUUGGACAACUGCCAACAUCACCUAGUCGCUUUCUUCCCUUCUGCUCUAGCUCUCUAGUGACACACAUACACACCAAAACCAAACAUCUCUGUUGCGGUCCUACCCCUUCACGUCCAAAUUUCCGCUUACCCUGGGUUCCAGGGAAUUGAAACAGGGUCCCCCCCCCCUCCCCUCCUGAUACGAGUACAGUGCUGAUUUUCAGCUGUGUCUGUACAUUAACACUCUCCAAAACACACGGUUGGGUAAAGACAUCUACACAAGCCGGAGAGGGAGGGAGAGAGCUCAGUGCUGUGCAUAACAGACACUAUGAAUUAUGGGAAAAGUAUUAACUGUAUAUAUUGGGGACAACGACUCGCUCUCCUCUAAAGCACAGUCAGUACCACAGAGAACGGUAAAACGCUACCAUAUUGCUCCUCUGUAAGACGUAGAAGAUAUUUAGAAGAAGUGUCCAUUCUCAGGUUCCGGAGGCGUAUUAUUCCAUAUUGGUCACAUGACUGCUGAGGGACUGGUGUUCUCUUUCCGCAUGGCUGUUUGGUUUCGCCUUUUCCUUUAAAGAUAAUAUGUGCUGUGAACGUCCAGGGCGCCAUGUUGUAUUAUUUUCUAGGUAAAACGGUUUCGGCGGGGUCCCCUUAAGUCUGCACCGUGUGGCGUGUUGAGUCGUAUUUAAUCAGUAGGGAUGGAUCAGAUAUGCAGCGUGUUUACCUGGCUGUAUGCAGGCUCACUGGGUGGGCUGAGGAGCAGUUGAUUUACACUGUGUGGACUUAACAAACGAAAUGAGAUCUGAAGUACUAUGAAAAGCACUCAUCUUGAGGAAGUAGCUCUGAAGUACGUUUUUUUUUUCUUUGACCUGUUUUCUUAAAUCACAUCCGACAUUCUCCAAAACAACUUUAAGGUGAGAAUUGUACAAAUGUGCCACCCCCCCCCCCAACAUCCUCUAUCUAUUAAAAUGGUCAUGGCAGCAUUUCUGUUACUGCUCCCUCCUUCCCCAAACUGAGUCCUCCAUGGGAUCCCAGCAUAUUGAAAUGAAACUUGGACGGCAAUGGCAGAAAAUCAAGUUUUAAUACAACACUGAUUCUGAUACAUUUUUAACGAGUUUCAGACUUGAAGCAACUGUCACAGGUGUGCAGGUUAACAUUCAUUGUGUAAAUAUUGUGUUAUUUCCUAUUUUGCAUAUUUACUACUUGUAAAUAAACACGCAUCAAGGAGAGAUUAAACAUUUUUUGCUAAA